ACGAGUCAUAACAAAAAAAAUAAAAUAAAAUAAACGUCUUCCCACUAUUUCCCAUUAAUUUGUGUUGUGGCCUCUGGCUUGAACUAACCUAAGGCAGAGUUGUCUCUGCCUUAGCCAUUAGCCAUUAAGCAAAUUCAUCCAUCAUGGUGUUCCAAGAUUUUGACCAAAUCUCUGAACGCCGACGUGCCGAGAGGGCUCGUAAGUUUCGAAAAAGAGUUACCAUUGCUGUGGUCUCGGUUUCUGUGAUCCUCCUUGUCAUUGCUGCGGCCGUGUUCGUCCAGGUUUCCUCCUCCUCCAAAUCCACCACCAAAAAUGGCAAUAGCAAGAGCAGUAGCAGCAACGAAAACUCCAAAGAAACCGUGCCAGACGACGUGAAACAGGUGUCGCGCGUCGAGAAAAUGAUAACCAUGAUAUGCAACUCGACAGACUACAAAGGCAAAUGCGAAAGCACUCUGAAGGAUGGCAUCCACACGGAUUCUAAUUCCUCGGACCCGAAAGACUUGAUCAAGCUGUCGAUCUCAGCAGCGGCAGACGAGGUGAAAUCUGCAGUGAAAAAGGCAACGGGGUUCAACUUCGCAACGGCGGAGGAAAAGGGUGCAUUCGAGGACUGCAAGGUGCUGUUGGAAGACGCGGUGGAGGAAUUGGAGAUGUCUAUGAGCCAAGUGAGCAUUAAGAAUAUGGGAAAGCUGACGGCGAAAACGACACCAGAUCUGAACAACUGGCUAAGCGCGGUGAUGUCAUAUCAUGAAACUUGUGUUGAUGGGUUCCCAGAGGGGAAGAUAAAAACCGAAAUGGAGAAGGUGGUGAAGAAUGGAAAGGAACUCACCAGUAAUUCCUUGGCCAUGAUAUCACAGGUGGCUUCUUUCUUCUCGACGUUCGAGAUGCCCGAGGGAGCUGCGACACGACGUCGUCUUAUGGCCAGCAAUGGGUUCCCAACUUGGAUGAACAGCAAUGAGCGGAGGAUGUUGAAGGGCGCUACCGCUGGGGAUAAGCCAAAGCCUAACGUUGUGGUUGCCAAAGAUGGCUCUGGAGAUUUCAAAACUAUUAAUGAAGCCUUGGCUGCCAUGCCUGCCAAAUAUGAUGGACGGUACGUGAUCUAUGUGAAGGAAGGAAUCUACGAGGAGACCGUGGUGAUUACUAAAAAGAUGGUUAAUGUUACAAUGUACGGAGAUGGAUCUCAAAAGAGCAUGAUCAGUGGGAACAAGAACUUUGUGGAUGGAGUUAGAACCUUCCAAACCGCAACAUUUGUGGCACUUGGAGAAGGGUUCUUCGCGCAGGCCAUAGGAUUCAGAAACACAGCAGGUCCAGAAAAGCACCAAGCCGUCGCGGCUCGAGUCCAAGCAGACCGAGCCAUAUUCUUGAACUGCCGGUUCGAGGGGUACCAGGACACAUUAUACGUCCAAGCCCAUCGCCAAUUCUACAGAAGCUGUCUCAUAACAGGCACCAUCGACUUCAUCUUCGGCGACGCGGCCGCCUUUUUCCAAAACUGUAACAUGAUGGUCAGGAAGCCAUUAGACAACCAACAGAACAUAGUGACAGCACAGGGCAGAACCGACAAGCAUGAAACCACAGGCAUUGUCCUUCAAAACUGCAAGAUUUUGCCUGACAAGACACUUGAGCCAGUGAAGUCCCAAUUCAAAAGCUACUUGGGAAGGCCUUGGAAAGAAUUCUCAAGAACCAUUGUAAUGGAGUCCACAAUUGAAGAUAUCAUUCAUCCUGAUGGGUGGAUGCCUUGGGAAGGGGAUUUUGCACUGAAAACCUUGUACUAUGCUGAAUUUAACAACCAAGGGCCUGGGGCUAAGACUGAUGGUAGAGUCAAAUGGCCUGGCUACAAGGUGAUUGAUAAGGACGAGGCUGCAAAGUUUACAAUAGGAACUUUUCUAGAGCUGGAUUGGAUCGAGAGCACCUCCGCUCCUGUUCAUGUCGGCCUAUUUUGAUAUAACACAAAGAACACAAAUCCUUUUUUCUCAUUCUGUCCCUUGCCAUUCAUGCAUGCAUGCCUCUUCAAUUUCUCUAUAUCCAUUUUUUUUAUUUCUAAUUCUACUUGUACUUAUACCUAUACCACACCCAUAUACUCUUAACACAAAA